GAUUCAUCAAUGCUGUUCUUGUUCGGGCGAAGGUAACAAGUACUGCAACUCUAAUUGCAUGAUUUCUCCUUCCUAGUUAUGCAACCUAAAAACUGGGUAUAGCAGAUUCAGAUAGCAGGUUGUCUUCUUCAAGUGAGUAUAAUCUACUAGAGAAAGAGAAAAAUGACGCAACUCAAAACGGUGGGCACCGCUUCCGCUGGAAGCAAAAAGGUGUCCAAGAAACGACGACGACAGUUAGAAGCCACUGUCUUCGGAGCUACGAGUGUAGAUGAUGUCCUUAGAGGGGACGACGACGAAGAUGACCCAGAUCAUGACGAGGACCCAGAUCAACAAGUCGGGGAACCAGAAAAGCCUCUUCUGACAGCAGAGGGUGACGCUGCUCGCACCAAAGCCGCAUGGGAGGACUCUGACGACGAGCAAGUUGCUGUGGAUGUCGCGGGGUCUAAAAAGCGUCUCCGCAAACUACGACGUGCAGAAGAGGAAAUCGAAAUCGGAGGUAGAACGUACGAAGCGAGACUUCGUGAGCACUUCCGCAAGCAAAACGGAGACGCAGUCCCAGAUUGGGCAAAAGGAGAAGAUAAGAAGAAAAAGAAGAGCAAGACUGCUGAAGGUGAGGAUGAUGAAAAUACAGAAGUCGAAGAAGAUGUUGAUCACGACAUCGAAGAAGAUGCCUCCUCUGACGAGGACAAGACUGGGGAUGCAGCAGCCAUGCUAAGGACAGUCGACUUCGACAAAGUCCAAGAGGCUCAGGCAAAAGGAACGAAGCAUAGUCUCUUUGCGUCGAAGCGCGACAAGAAAAUCGGCCUUCUGGCAACUCGUGUUGGUGCUGACAAUUUCGCGAUCGCUGCACAUGGCAAGACUACCGACGGCGCUACAGCAGAUGCCACAAGUGUAGAAACCACAACUACUUCCACUGCUCGCAAAGGUGGGCGUAAAACAACGUCCCGCCUUCCAGUGGGCAGUCGUGGUCCUCUUGCGAGUAAUGAACUCUGCAUGACGCGACUGAAGAAUGCGAACCAGCAAGCACCGAUGAACUGCGCUGCUGACUGUGUCGAUUUUCAUCCGAACAGCGAACUCCUUCUCACUGCUGGUCGCGACAAGACUCUACGCCUGUUUGCUAUUGACGGCACUGAGAACCCCAAAAUCGCCAGUUAUCACUUCAAGGACUUUCCAAUCAUGCAUGCUCAAUUCCUGCCCGGUUCUGGAGAAUCCAUCUACCUGUCUGGUAUGGGUUCUCUGACUAUGCACAAAUACGAUGUGCAAGCAGGCCGUGUAAUGCCGAUUUCGCCUUUUCGUGGGAACUCAAUGGCCAACUUCGGACGACGCAUUUGGGGCUUAGAUUUAGCACCCUGUCGUGUCUCAUCUGGAGGUGUUUCUUCGUACAACAACUUAUGCGCAGUGUCCGGAGAGCAAGGAAAAGUCUGCCUUAUCGACUUGCGAUCCCAUUCUUUAGCGAGGCAGAUGACGAUGAAUGGACCCGCUGUCAAGACUUUGUGGCAUCCAGACGGCAAAACCCUUGUUUCAGCAGACUCUAGUGGUGGGAUCUACGAAUGGGACGUGUCGUCAGGGCGUUGCAUCAAUUCCUUUAGGAGUGAAGGUGCACUUGGGAUCUCCUCUAUGGACAUUGGCACCAUCAAGGGAGCUGUAGAACUAGCGAUUGGAACGAAUAAUGGAACUGUGGACGUCUUUAGAAUGUCCUCAUCUUCACCUUCAUCAAGCAGCAACGAAACAAAUUCAUCAACGAGGACAUCAACAUCACCACUUCAACCUGUUGAUCGUAGCUACUCCCUCGUAAAGACGUACAAGCAUUUGACUGUGUGCGCGACACAGGUGAAGUUUCAUCCGCAGUACGAAUUGAUGGCCUUCGCGUCGAAGUUUGACAGAGCAGCUAUGAAAAUCGCGCAUGCAGAGACGAAGACCGUUUUUCCGAAUUGGCCAACCAUGAAAACGCCAUUUAAAUAUCAGACGACUGUGGCGUUUUCAGAAAAGAACGGCUACUGUGCGUUGGGACAGUCGAAUGGAAAGGUGUUGUUGUAUCAGUUGGAACACUAUGCGCCAGCGUGAAGAUGUUGAAACUUUAUCUACUUGAGGAUGACUCUGUAGCUGCUGAAAGUGAUGAAAAGCAUUAUCAAUCACAUCGCACAAUCAAUGAUAACUCAAUCUCCGACAACAUGAUUACGAAAAUGCAGCACCUGCUCCUAUGAUCCUAUACAACAUAAGGUGGUCAACAAUGAGAAAGACAUGUUGAACAUGUUGACAUCAGGAGAACUCUUUCUCUCUUUUUACUGUUUGCAUUAAUGUGAAGACUUACCCACCAUGAAACUGAAUCUUUGGCCUUGCAGCUCACCG